UUCGUGGGGAUCAGACUGCAGUGCGCAGUGUUUCGACAAGAAUUGUGGCGACGUAGACGACAGGAGUAUUAUAGAUAACCAAUAGGAGGACUGAUAGAGAGAUCGGAAUGAGGCACAACCUGGUGGCCCACCUGUACUGUCUGACUCGGGACAUGUAUGCCGAGCAUGGGGAUCCCCGCGUGGCCCACCUCCCACUGGUGGGCAAUUUGUGGAUUGUGUUGGCCCUAAUCGGACUGUACCUGGCCUUUGUGCUUCACUACGGACCCCGCUGGAUGGAGCACCGCGAUCCCUUCGAGCUCAAGCGUGUGAUGCAAGUGUAUAACCUGGUACAGGUGGUGGCCAAUGCGGUGUUGUUCGUCAUUGGCCUGCGCUACACGUACCUGUAUCCGACCUUUAGCUGGACAUGCCAGGGAGUGGAUCACACGGACACCUCGCCACAGAUGAUGACAACGCUGUAUGCCUCGUACGGAUACUACAUGCUGAAGUAUCUGGAUCUCCUGGAUACGGUGUUCAUUGUGCUGCGCAAAAAGAAUGCGCAGGUGAGCUUCCUGCAUGUUUACCAUCACGGCGGCAUGAUCUUCGGUGUGUCCAUCUUUAUGACCUUCCUGGGCGGAUCCCACUGCACCAUGCUGGGUGUGAUCAACCUGCUGGUGCACACCGUCAUGUACGCGUACUACUACGUGGCCUCGCUGGGCGCUCUGAAGCAGAUACUUUGGUGGAAGCAACGGAUCACGCAGCUGCAACUGCUGCAGUUCGGAUACCUCACCUUCCACUUCCUGCUGGUGAUUGUGCGGAAUCCGUGUCAGUUCCCCGCCCUCAUCGCCUUCAUCGGGUUCAUCCAGAACAUCUUCAUGUUCUCCAUGUUCUUCGACUUCUACUACAAGACCUAUGUGCGCAGGCAGCGGAAAGUUACCCCAGAGUCCCAGCUGAAAGCCAACUGAGCCGGGGGCUGAAAGUAUAAAGUUCAAGUUCACAUCGCGCCAUUUCCAUUUAAAAUUGUGUAAUAAGCGGUCGGUCGCUUAUGCAAAUGGGCUCCGAUCGAACCCAAGCUGCCUGCCCUAUAAAUAAACAUUCGGAUUGUGUCCCACCCCUCCGCUUCAUCGCCA